CACAGAUCGAUAGGCUGGGCGGCCCGGGCAGCGUUAACUGCGCGGAGGCAGGAUUUCCCUGGGGAGAAUCUUCUCUCAGAGCUUUGCUGACAGCCAAGGAUGGCAAGCAAGGGGCCCUCGGCCUCUGCAUCUCCUGAGAACUCCAGUGCAGGGGGUCCCAGUGGGAGCAGCAACGGUUCUGGCGAGAGUGGAGGGCAGGACAGCACCUUUGAGUGCAACAUCUGCCUGGACACAGCCAAGGAUGCCGUCAUCAGCCUGUGUGGCCACCUCUUCUGUUGGCCGUGUUUACAUCAGUGGUUGGAGACCAGACCUAACAGACAGGUGUGUCCAGUUUGCAAAGCCGGCAUCAGCCGAGACAAGGUCAUCCCGCUGUAUGGCAGGGGCAGCACUGGGCAGCAGGACCCCAGAGAGAAGACCCCUCCCCGCCCUCAGGGACAGAGGCCAGAGCCCGAGAACAGAGGGGGAUUUCAAGGAUUUGGAUUUGGAGAUGGUGGCUUCCAGAUGUCUUUUGGAAUUGGGGCAUUUCCCUUUGGGAUAUUUGCCACAGCAUUUAACAUAAAUGAUGGGCGGCCUCCUCCAGCUGUCCCUGGGACACCCCAGUAUGUGGAUGAACAGUUCCUGUCACGCCUCUUCCUGUUUGUGGCCCUGGUGAUCAUGUUCUGGCUCCUUAUUGCCUAAUGCUGGGCUUCUGCCUGCAUCCAUGGCAGGGCCUCUAGACUGGUGACAUGCCACCCCCACUCCUGGUAUUUGGCUUCCUGGAUAAUCCUGACCCUUGGAAUCAGUGGGAUCAGUAACACAUCAAGGAGUCUUGCUUCUCCAUCAGAGCUUUGGAACUCAAGACCAGUUGUCAAGGACCUCCGAGUGUCGCCACUGCUGUAAACACCCUACUGUAACCUCAGGCCUUGGCAUUGAGUCUCCUCUCAUGGAUGACACUAUGAAAUCUUGUUUCAGCCAGCUCAGCAGGUCCUGACUCUGCACAGGGAAGAAGCAGAAAGAGAGAAACUGUCAGAGUACAAUUUCACCUGAGUUUAAUAUUACAAAAACAAAAGGAUGAACCAAAUGAUAUUUGGAAACUUUCUUUCUCUUUAAAUACUCCUUGGUAAGUGGCCUCCAAAGCCAGUGGGGGCUCCUCAUACAGUGAGGUUCCCCUUCCAAAUCCCAGUGCUGCUCUGUCUUCUUUCCUUCCCUUCCCAUUCCCCCUCCUCUUCCUCAGCAGAGAUGCAAGAGAUGCAAGAAAUUGCUGCCCCAUAAAGAUCAUAAUUACAGCAGCUAAAGCUGGAGUCACUUCAUGAAUUCACAAGAGAACCAAAGAUCCCUUACUGGCUCUGAGCCAUGCUCAGUGUCUUUGGCCCCAGAGAGCAGCUCGAAUGACCUCCUGGUUUCCUGGCAUAGAUUAUCCCUGGUGAGACAUGUGGCUUCACUCAUAGAUUUCCCAUCAGCUUUCUCCCUACAACUGUGUGCAUCUGUCUCUCUCUACCAGAGAGCAAACAGCCUAGACUACUGCUGAAGCCAGGACUGAGUGCUACCCAUUGGGAAAGACCUGGAGUCAGGGCUUUGGUGGGAUUUGGAACUCUGAUGCGGGAACAACUGAAUAAGCAGCCCUGUCCCCUAGGCUGCAGAAGCUCAAGUGCAUCCUCUCCCAGAACCAGCCCAGAGGAAAAUGGGGGCUUUGUCAGGUCAGCCCAGCUGCAUAUGGAAGACCACCAUCCUCAGAAGCCAAAUUGUUCUUUGUGAAGAGGCGGGGGAGGGAAGACUCACUUGUACCCUUGAUUUUGCUAAGGCAUGAUGGAUUCCCCUGAAAAGUCCUUUUACAUGUGCUAAAACCAGGAAAGCAUGUGACUCCCAAGCAAGCAACUCCUGAUCAUUUGUAAAGCCAGGCAGCAGGGCCUGGGGAACCCCAGCACAGUGAUAUGAUAUGAUCUUCCUUCCUGUGGAAUCCAGGGGAAAUUAUUCUUUCCAAGCCCUUGAUUCGUUUUUCAAUUUCCUAGCCUUCUUCCUCUGAAUCUUAUCAAAGGAGUGUGGUGCCAGGCAGGUAGGACAGUUCACCUGGUGGAAUGGUUCUUGCUCUGCCUGCCAGUCCUCAUCCUAAAAAUCCAGCUUCUUCCUGGAGACCGCGAAGGUGGGAGGAGAUGACUUCCUCUGGGGGCCUUUCUCUUUGUCAGUCCACACUGCUCCUGGCUAACCCCCAGCAAUCUAACAAAUGGUAGGAAGCCCCACCUAGUGCAUUUUUCCAGAUAUGGCUCUGCAUAGUUUGUAGCACAAAGACCUUGAGGAAGAUGAAGGAAGCUCUCCCCUCUCUACAGCCCCACCCCUUCUCCUUUGCACCUAUCAAUACCAGAGUUCAGUGUUUAAACAGACAAAAUAUAAAGUAUUGAGUAGGAGAUUCGUUUGCCGAAUCCACUUGGGAGGAAUAAGCCACUGGCUGUACAGUGUGCCUGAUGGAUUUUAAACAUUCCUGGGCACCCACAUAAGAGUGCUCUUUUUAUCACCUUCUGGAAAUCCCUAAAGUCUGAGAGGCCCCUGGAGUUUCUCUGCUCUAGAGAAAAUUCAUGGGAUUCCCUCAGUGCAAUGGCCCCAACUAUUAGAAGAGAGGACUUCAGUCAGGCCCAGCAGAAACGGGUUUCCAGAAGAAAGAUUAAAGAAGAGUUGUGGGUAGGAAGACUGAAUCAUUUGGACUGUGUAACAAAAUGGAGUGAGCCCGGGAGAGCUCCACCAACAAAGGCAUCUUGGGAACCUGUUAGCGAAGCCACGUUGGCCACAUGCCCUUUUAGGUCCCCACUCACCCUCUGCCAGUUGCUGGGGCAGAAGAGCUGACUUGGGACUGCUGGCUUGGCCCGGACAGGCAGCCCCCUCCCCCCACCCCUGUGCAGGCUCACCACUUAUCCCUCUGCCAAGGCAGCUUUUCUUCCUUUUUUGUGUGUUCUCUGUGUUCUUGACCUCCACCCUCCUUCUGCCCCCUUGUGGACUAGAACCAGGUCCUGACCGCAGUCAGAAAAUGACAAUAUGUACAAUGGCACACCUUAACCAGUCACUAAUUUUCACUGUUGUGAAAGUAAUUUGAUUUAGAAUUAAAGAAAUGGUUUUACAUUAC